CCGUUCGUGAAUGUAGCUGAUUUUGCUCGUGCCCAGAUGCUAUUACCUACCCGACCCACCCGACCCUCAACGCAGAUAGAUGAUUGAAACCACAGGGUACCCAAAUGCAUUGAAACAACAGGUCGGCCAAAUCCAAGAUGGCUUCCAGUCGACUGUUAUCAAGUCAGGGUGCUCGAAGAAGUUUUCGUGUACUUUUACGGCCUCUCUCUACAAAAUCCUCAACUAAAACGGUUGUAAAACUUCGCCCUGAUCCCUAUGAUUACGCACAUGAAUCAAUAUACACUGCUGAACACGCUGAGUUAAGAGAAGCCUUCGGAAAGUUUAUCGAUAAAGAAAUUAACCCGUUUGUAGAUGAAUGGGAAAAGGCCAAAAUGUUCCCUGCUCACAAACUAUUCAAGAAACUUGGUACUGCUGGUUAUCUGGGGGUUAAUAAACCAGUAGAGUGUGGUGGGCAAGGAUUGGACUAUUCUUACAGCGUUGCUAUUAUAGAAGAACUAGGAAGAAUAAAAUGUGGUGGUGUCCCCAUGGCCAUAGGGGUUCAAGCAGAUAUGACUACACCUGCUUUAAUCAAGUUUGGAAGUGAAGAAUUACGACAACAGUUUCUUCGUCCUACCAUAGAAGGUGAUUUAGUGGCUUGCCUUGGGGUGAGUGAGACAGGAGCAGGAUCAGAUGUGGCUAGCAUUAAAACUACUGCUGUCAAAGAUGGAGAUGAUUAUGUUAUCAAUGGAGGUAAAAUGUGGACAACAAAUGGUGUUCAAGCAGACUGGAUGUGUUUAUUAGCCAAUACAAGUGAAGGUCACCCACACUACAAUAAAUCUUUAAUAUGUUUACCAUUAAACCUACCUGGGGUACAAAGAGCCCGUGCUAUUGAUAAACUUGGUAUGCAUUGCUCUGAUACAGCUGAGUUCUACUUCGAUCAAGUCAGGGUUCCUCAGUCAUACAGGAUUGGUGAGGAAGGGAAGGGAUUUAUCUAUCAGAUGUUGCAGUUUGUUGAAGAAAGAGUGUUUGCUGGAGCUUCAGUUUUACUUUCAAUGGAGAGGCUAAUAUCAGAUACAGCAGAGUACUGCCGAAACAGAUCAGCAUUUGGGAAAUCCAUUCUGGACAACCAAUAUGUGCAUUUUAGAUUAGCUGAGCUGCAAACAGAAGUGGAAAUGCUGAGAUCCCUGGUAUACAGGACAUCUUAUCUUCACAUGAGGGGAAUAGAUGCUAACCUGUUCGCUUCUAUGUUAAAGUUGAAAGCAGGUCGUUUGGUGCGUGAAGUGACGGACUCUUGCCUUCAGUUCUGGGGUGGAAUGGGGUUUACUAGUGAUGUUGAAGUCAGCAGAGCCUAUAGAGAUAAUAGAUUAUUAUCGAUAGGGGGCGGAGCUGAUGAGGUCAUGUUGUCAAUCAUCUGUAAAGAGAUGAAUUUGCUUCCUGAGGAGAAGUCAAACAAGAAAUAGGAAGUGUAUAGGAAGUUGUCUGUCGUGUAAUAAACGAGCACACAAGGCACCAAAAACACUGAUUUAGAUGAGGAAGAGCUCAGUGAUAUCGAGAAACAGGUUAUAUACAUACAUGAGUCAGUUCUAUUGUCUAGUGCUUCGAAUUAUUUAACAAAAAGAUUUCUUGGUAUUGCAAAAUGAAUAUUUUUAUUUGUUUGCACAAAAUUUUCCUUCUAUUUGAUAGCUGAAAGCUUGUGUAAAGUGAUUUUUGUGAUCUGUCCGAUAUGUCACUAAAGAUUACUUAGAAAGCAAGUUUCAUAACGAUAUUCACAGGAUUUGUACUGUUGCACUGUUUAAUUUGCAUCAUGGCCAUGGCUUGUCAUUUGUUGUCGUAUGUCAUUCACUUAAUGAUGGGUGUCCGAUGAUGUGUGAUUUCUAUUGUCUCUCUCCUGUAAUUUUCAUCAUAGUGAAUAGAGAGGGGUACCUAGUUUUAAACGCCGACCCGGUUUGUCAUGCGUUGUUCAUUGGAUGUAAUCGGUGUCACGUGCAUUGUUUGGUUUAAGUACAGUCAGAUUCAUUCAAUUCGUAUGUCAAUCCUGUAACAGUCAUCGACCUCGCUUGUUUAUUCUGUGGUAAGAUGUCAAGAACGUCAUAGUGUAUUCACUAGUACGCCGGCCCGGUUAAAACGCAUUAAAGUCAUUUGGUUUAGUAUUCUUGUGGUAGUCAACUCGAACGUUUAUAUCACUUUAACCACUACUGCACACUUCAUUCAUUCACAUUUGUAAUCUUUAUCGUCUUUUCUUUUCUCCUCCUAAAGUCAUUUGGUUUAGUAUUCUUGUGGUGGUCAACUUGAACGUUUAUACCACUUUAACCACCACUGCACACUUCAUUCAUUCACAUUUGUAAUCUUUAUCGUCUUUUCUUUUCUUCUGUAGCAUUAAGAGUAAUUUUCCAUAUAUUUUUAAUGUAAAACUACAAGUAAAAUGCUUAAAUCUAACUCGCUAUUAAAAGUCUUGUGAUCUUCUUUUGUCGAGAUGAGAAACCCCUUAGAAUUUCUGCUUAUAAACUAAAAAGUGUGUUAUCUCAAUUGGUUUUAAAUUUUCAUUAUUAGCCGGCAUGUCCUGCGACUGACAAGCAGUUGUACUAUUUCUUCCUUUACUUUGGCCUAGCCCUCUAAAGUCUUGACAUUGGCAUACUUAAGACUAUUUCUGCAACGAUAAUUCAUCAUCACCGUCUUUGAAGUGUCCUUGUCAUUUUGAGGGUUUUCAGAACUGAGGACGCCUUGACGACGACUUUGAAUCCUUUUAAUAUUUCAUUUGAUAUUUCUUGUUAAGUGCUUAAGUGACAUUUUUAACUAAACCUCAAGAGAGUACGUUUCUUUUUGCCACUCCGCCAAGCACCUCUUAUUAUGAAGGUUAUCUUAGUCUGACAGUCGCCGACUUUUGAUAUAUUAAACUAUGCUCACUAUAGUCAUCUGCCCGAAAACGUAUAUUAUAUCAUACUCAUGGGAACUUCGUCUACGUGUUCUUGGCGCGGAAUGGCAGCAAAAUAACACAAUGAUAUAUAAUAUAUAUCUUAUAAUAAAGUUUACUUAAUCAA